UAUACUCCCUCUGCACUCACACGCACGCAAUUCCACCUCUACUUUGCAACAUUAGUUUUGCACCAAAAAGGAUUCCAUCGAUCGAAUCUAUCCUCCACCACCAUUCAAUCCCCAUUACCUUUUCCAAUUCAAAUUCCAUAUAUCCUUUUGAAUCCACCGUGUUUAUUGGAGUUUCCAUUUAUGUUUUCCAAUUAAAACCUCUCCUCUCCAACUAUGUUCAGCUCAGACGCCAUUUCCAGAGACUUCCUCCACUCCAAUCCCUCUCACACCACCAAUUUCAAGCAUCACGCCGAUUUCUCCAAGAGCAGGGAGUUCGUACCUUCGGAUUUCUUCACCAAUCAUGAUCAACACCAACACCAACACCAACACCAGCAGCAGCAGAGCUCCGGAUUAGCUCGAUACCGGUCGGCGCCGAGCUCGUUCCUCGCGGCGCUUCUUGAUUCCAACGCCGAUAAUAACAGCAGCAGCGGCGAUGAAUCCGACGCUUUCUUCUCCGCGCUCAUGGAGCGCGAUCUCAAUCCCAAGAGCAGUGAUCACAAGAUUUCGAGCGGCGGCAUGAAGCGGGAAGAUGAGGCGGAUCCGGAGCCCCGAUCCGCGCAAAACGGGUACCCGGCCGGGUAUGAUGGAUCUUACUCUGUGGGGAUGGAGCAUCAAAAUGGGAAUAGGUCUAAUCUGCUCCGCCAAAGCAGCUCUCCUGCAGGAUUCUUCAAUGGUUUUGGUUUAAUGGGAGAGGCAGGAAACUACAGAGUUCACAAUCCUGCAGAAGACAGUUCAUCAGCUUGUGGUUUGAGUAGUUCCAUGAAUUUGUCAUCGGCUGCAUCUUCUACCUCGAGAUUCAUGCCCAGCAUACCUGAAACUGGAAAUGAGAACGCAUUCAGCCCUGAAAAUGGUCGUCUGAGAAACGGGGCUGCCUUCCAUCAUGAUUCUUGGAAUGAUACAUCUUUCAACAGUUUGAAAAGAAACAGAGAUGGUGAUACGAAGAUGUUUUCCGAUUUCAAUGGAUUGGAGAAUGAGAAUGGAGAAGCCAGGAAAAAGUCCUCUGGAUUAGUAUCGCAUUUUAGCUUGCCAAAGACUUCCACGGAGAUGGCUGCAGUUGAGAACUUCCUGCAGUUCCAACAAGAGACGACCACUCCUUGUCAAGUUCGAGCAAAAAGGGGUUUCGCCACUCAUCCUAGAAGCAUUGCUGAAAGGAAUAGACGAACACGGAUUAGUAAGAACAUGAAGAAGUUGCAAGAUCUUUUCCCCAAUAUGGAUAAGCAAACGAACACGGCUGAUAUGUUGGACUUGGCAGUUGAUUACAUCAAAGAGCUACAGAAAGAAAUGAAGGUGCUCAACGAUGCAAGAGAAAGAUGCGUUUGUUUGGGUGAGCCUCACCAAACAAGUCCUUCCAAGUAGAUGCUUCUGGCAAGACGAAAACCAAGUGCAGUAGAUGAGUAUGUCCUUCAGUCUUGAUUCACCUGCGACCUCACCACCCACGUGUCGAAGCCCGUUAACAUGGCAUUUUCCCUAUUCUUCUAUGUAUGUGUGUUACAAGUUCCCACCCUCCAGGAAGAGGAGGGGGAGAAAAAGGAGCAAAGACUAAACUCCAUGUUGUAGUACUAUUAUUUAAACUGGUAAGUGCAAGUGUUUUUAUGAAUAAUUUUUGUAUAGGAA